UCAAAAAUGUUGCUUAAACUGGUGUUAUUUUCUGUCCUCAUCACCGCCCUUUAUGCUGAGGAGGAACGCCAAGCACGCAGUGUUCUAAAUCGCAAUCGAAAUAAUCUCCAUUAUCAUCAAUCUGUUCCACAAUGUAUAUGUACGCCAGGUCCGCGUGGAAGUCCUGGAGAGCCUGGCCGAACGGGUAUAAAGGGACCACGUGGUGAUCCUGGCCUGAAGGGACCUAAAGGACCCCCAGGUCCAGUAGGUACACCAGGCAUACAAGGUUCACCUGGUCGUGAUGGCGCUCCCGGUGCUCCAGGUUUACCUGGUCCUCGUGGACGACGUGGUUUUCCAGGUGGUAGAGGAAUACCCGGACCCAUGGGUCCACCUGGUCAACCAGGUCCACCUGGCCCUCAAGGUGAUCCUGGUGUGGCGUCACCUGCGACAACAAGUACCACCACCACAACAACUACAACCACAGAAGCAGCGACGGGACCAUAGCAAAAACGAAUAGUCACAAUAGUAAACCAUUAACUCAAACGAUAACAACAACAACAAACAUCAAACCAUUGGCUAUAGCAGCGCCACUAAAUUUAGUUUCAUUACUGCCAAUAUUGCCGCCAGAUCCACCCGCUACUGUCUUACAAUCCACAUCCAAUUCGGAGUUAGUGACUUCGCAAAUGAGCCCUCAAACUAUCGUCGAGCUCCCAACAUCCAUAAUCUCCUUGGAAAUGAAUAAUGUACCAUCUAUUUUACAUCCACUACCCAGUUCCCAAGGCAUUGCUGUCUACCCACCGCCCGAUAUGACCCUGCACAUCGAUGAUGAAGAUCACAUUACUAUGGACUAUUUUGAAAUUAUGGGAUAUAAUAAUUAGUGUAGAGACUUUUUGAGUUAACGAUUUACUACUUGUGACUAUGUAGAAUAUUUACUUUGAGCAGAGAACCAUUUCUUUAUAAUAAAACAAUAAAUUUAAAAUAUAUAACAUAA